GUCUCACCAAGCACAUGCAACUUCACCUUAUGGACGGCUCCACGGUUGCUGAACAACCACAACAGAAAGAUAAAAGACCUCGAGCUAGAAGGAAGGAUGCUGACAUACCGAAAUCCACCACUGCUGAAUUACUGUCUAGUGUGAUUGUCGAUAAGCAGACUAAAGAUCAGCUCCUGAAUAAGGAUGAAUUCGACACCGAUGAGGAAAUCAUCGACCAGCUGACUGAAUCUCCUCCGCCGGGCUGUGCUGAUGAUGUGAGUUGAUGCUAAUUCAAGUAGAUGAAACAUUUGACUGAAUAUCAAAAUUAUUGUGAUAUCUUGAUGUAUAAGCUAUUACAAUUUCUCAUUAUUAUCAAUACAAAUGAUUUGAUAAGUUAAUAAAUUGAUAAGCCAUUUUAUUUAAUUAAAUAAGCCUGAGCGCUAAAUAUUUCUAAGAUUGAGCAAUUAACUCUAAUUAUUUCAGUUUUCUUGAAUAAAUUUAUUUCUCAAAUCUUUACACACUAUCGACAAUUUUUAUCGUUAUAAAUUUUUCGUGAGGAAUUUUAUAAAGUUUUAUCAAUCGGGAUCUUUUAUAUGUUUUUUACCUUUUUAAACCAAGUACAAUUUGGUUGAAUUCCGAUAAAUAUUGAUAGAUAAUAUGGAAUAUCAGGCAAAUUAGUGACUUACAGUGCAACUUUUAUCGGGACUUUUAUCUAAUAAUUAUUCUUUUCUUUUAAUAAUUCUUGAGAAUAUAAUCCAGUCUAUUUUGAUUUAACAUUUAUUUAAACAAAAUUUCCUGGUAAAAAAUUGUAAGGCUCUCAUAUUGGUGAAUUUUUUUUUAUCAACCUCAUCUACUUUACGAAUAAGACUUUCAAAUGCUGUCUCAUUGCAUGAUAAUCUUGAAAAUUGAUUUGUUGUUUCAAGCGCCUAUUUUUCAAUAUGAUUCAGAAUUGUAUACAAAACAGCAGGUUUACCAGUAUUCACAGCCUCUUCUCAGCUUCAGAUCCUCUUUCCAAAAUUUUCUCGCACGAUACAAAGUACAUUAUUAUUUAUAUUUAAAAUCUCAACCACUGUGUAUGGUGUUGCACCUCGAAACUCAUAGUGUAUCAACAUCUAUUGAACAUGUUAUGGAUACUCAGGACUGAAGAGAAUCAAUCAGAUAAGUCAAUACUUCUUCAAUCAGCUCUCAAUCACGGUUAAUCACGGUCAAGUUUUAUAUUCAAUUGAGCUACAAAAAUAUUUUAAAAUUAUAUUAUUGGAAGUUAGUUCCAAUAAAUUGGAUAAGGAAAUACAAUAAAAUUGAAAUUCAUCCUCCAUAUCUAUCUUGAUCAUUCAUGAGAACUUUUCGUAACCAAACAACACAAGCAUGGUCAACCAUAACCUCAAAAGUCGAAUGCACUUCUCAUGCUAUUUCCCUCUCUCACUUUGUUCACUGCUUCAAGCACGGUCUAUAUGGUGUAAUUACCUCUUUCAGACUUCUUCUUGUGUUGUAAAAAAUUACUGAUAUGAAAAAGUAGGAAAUUAUUAUAAAUUUCUACCAAUGUUAGAGCUUUGUGGUUGAAUAAGUAAAGCAAGCAAAAUUGUAGGCUAUUAUCUUACUUGGGACUGCAAAAGAAAAAUGUUUAUUUUUAUUUAUUUAUUUUAUUUAAUGAUGAAGAUACAUUUGGACUAUAUUUUUCAAAAUUGUAUUAGAAAUUGUAAGGGUUCUUUUUCAAUGCGAAAUUGUGCUCCAUUCAGAAAUCGAAAACAUGCCCCAUCGCCAUCUUUUUUCUUUAACAUAACCUCAGUCAUUUAAACAAAUGAGUUUGGAACAAACUACCACACUAACAUGUGUAGUUGAAUGUGCUUGUUGAAUACACAAUCUCAGAUGACAGCUCAACUCAAAGCAUAUACAUUUAUUUAAUGCUUUUGUAAUGACAUGAACAUUUACUCACCUUGACAAAAAACACUUGAAGUGACGUGAAACUACAAUGGAAACAGCAAAUGAAACUGCCGUAAUGGCCGAUUAGAAGCAUUGCCUUCAGUGUUGUCCGGUCGGUACUGAGUCUAGUGGUAGAUUGCCAAAUUGAGAUCAAAAGACAUGCCCCGCGCAAAAACGUGCCCCGGUCCCCCUACCAUUGGGGGUGUGACAACACCAGCAGCACUUCCUGAUAGCAAUACUGUGAGGCACUCCUUUCCAUAAUUAUUUAUUGUACAAUAAACAGUUUUGUCUUCUUUCCUAGCCAAAACUUUUGAGCCCUUGAAAUUCAGUAAGAAAGCUGACUCAUCCAUAUUGAACACUCUUGUUGGGCCACUCAGAAUCGCGUUAUUUUGUGACUCCUCAAGAUAAUUUUCCACUUCCAUGAACCAAUUCAACAACCUUUCACUGUUCACUUCACCACAGUUUUUUUGUCAAAUUUUGAGAAAUUCGAACACUGAUGUUGGGAUGUCUCUUUAAAAAACCUUCAUACCAUUUUCGUCCGAAAUGUCAUUUUUAAAUUCUUUUGAGAGUCUUGAGACACUAAUUAUUUCUUUAGAAAUUGGGAAUCCAGCUUUUGUCAUCUCCAAGACCCAUUUCACAAGAAGUUCCUCUUCGUUUUUUAACAUUAGUGUUUCAGGACCCAUGUUUUUUUCUGGGUAGUUAGAUGCCUCUAACUUUUUACGUCAGUGUAGUUGUAGGAACCUUGUACUGCUUUGCUGCUUUUUUAUGCCUAGCUCGCCUUUUCUGAGAGCAAUGAUGGCUGCUUCCAUGUCUUUAUCUCGUGUACUGUCUUAGAUAGUCCGGUGGCUCUGACGAAAGAUCCUCCAUCAACUCGCAAAUCCUGACAGUUUGACGUUCUCUUAUUGGGCGGCGCGGAUCUUUUUUGGUGUCAGAACGGUAAGGUAGGUACGUGAACUGAUAUUUGGGAGGUACGGUACGCAUUCACUUCCUUCCAAUGUAAAACAUUUCAAAUUAACAUCCUGGCAAUAGGUGGCCUCCAUUUCUCGGGAUAGAACAUCUGCAGUUUGGCUCUUUUUUCCAGACAGGCAGUUCAAUAUCAAAUUCUUGUGUUGCUAAAAACCAUCUAGACAGGUGAUUUUGAUUGAGUUUAGCCAUCUUGAAAAAUGUUAGAGCUUUAUGAUCGGUGUUGAUGAAUAUCUUGUUUCCUAAGAACAAUGUCCGAUAUUUGGUGCACAUUUCCACAAUACUCAAUAGCUCUUUUUCCGUCACCGAAUAACGUCUUUGAGCGGAAUUUAACGCUUUACUGAAGAAUACUAAAACUCCUAUUCCUCCUAGUUCAUAUUUUUCAAAAAUUUCAGCGCCUAUAGCAUAGUCCGAUUCAUCUACAUUGAUGAAGAAGGCUUUGUUUAAAUCCGGAUGUUCUAAUAUAACGGCAUUAAGAAAUACGCCUUUCAACUGUUGAAAAAUUGCCUUCUCGGUCUCAGUCCAUAUCCAAGGUUUGUUAGAAGAUGGUAUGUGACUUAAUUGAAUGAUGGAGUCAACAUAAGAAUGGUGGAGUUGCUAUCUUUGUAAGACAGGAUCUCAACUCUCAAAGUCGGGAAUUAUGUUUGGACUUCCCACGCAUUGAUCGUGAAUUACAGAUCACCUUAUGGAGAUCCAAAACUAUUUCUAGAUAAAUUGGAGGAACUUCUUAUAUGCAUGUCAAGAAGUUGCUAUAACGGCUAUAUUCUUGUAUUUGGAGGUGACUUAAAUUCUGCUUUUGAUAUAAAUCAAGAAACUUGUCAUUUAUACAAUUUAAAAAAUUUAUUGAGACAAUUCAAUCUUAGACGUUUUAAUACUCUGCCUACAAGAGAUCAAGCAUUUCUUGAUAACGUUUUCUCAAAUACUCAUCCUGAUACGACAAUUUCAAGUGUCAUUGAAUUCCCAUAUUCGGAUCAUGACUGUGUGAUUAUAUGUGUACCGGAUUGUUCUAUUAAGACCAGUAUUAACAAAUUUGUUGCAAUUACUACAAGACCUGUCACUAUAGAUGAGAUGUUACAAUUUAACCAGGCUCUGACUUUGGUAGACUGGAAGGCUGUCUUGGAUAAGCCAGAUCCCAGCGUCAUGUUCGAAUCCUUUCUAAAUGUAGUUUUGUAUUAUUUCAAUCUAACUAUUCCCAAAAUGACCUGCAGGAAAAAUAAAUCCUUAGUUAAGAAUAGAAAGAGAACCAAACGUAAGGCUGACUGGUAUACACCUGAGCUUGGAAGGUUGAAGAUUUUAUUGACUAUCUCUCAUGAAAACUUUAAAAAAGUAAAUACCGAACAUGCUAAAACUGUUUAUCAAAGAUGUAGAGCACUGUACAAAAAGUCAUUAGAUGAGGCCAAGAGAGAGUCUAUUGUUUCAAUUAUUGAGUCCUCGAAUAACAGUUGCAGGAAAGCAUGGCAGAUAAUCAAAACGAUAUCUUCAAGUAAAUGUGUUAAAGGUUUCACCACUCCAAUGCCAAAUAUUUUGAAUGAAUAUUUCAUACGAUCGGUUGAUGAUGUCCAUGAAAAGAUAGUGAAGCCAUCCAUAUCAGCCAUCGAAAUGCUAAAUGAAAGUGUUGAUAAAGAGCAUAAUGCCACUUUUUGUUUUCAUGAAGUCAGUCAAGAAGUUGAGAGUCUCUAGAGUGGUUUAUAAUCUAAAGCCAUCUAGAAGCGAGGAUUUCUAUGGCUUAUCCAGUUGCCUUUUUAAAAGUAUUGCAGGUGCAGUGGUACCAGCACUGACUCAAUGUAUAAAUAUCUGCAUUUCAAAAGGUAUUUUUCCUAAUGUGUUAAAAGUGUCCAAGGUCGUUCCGGUUUAUAAAAAAGGUUCUAAAGAAGAACCGUCUAGCUUUAGACCUAUUCAGAUAGUGCCUGUGUUUUCAAAAGUGCUAGAGAUUGUCAUGUACAUACAAGUAUACGAAUAUUUGAUAAAUAUUAAAGUGUUAUCAGAACAUCAAUU